GGAUGUGGUAGAGCGAAGCUGGCAGCUGGCGAGGUUGGACUAUACGGGUGCUUCUGGGGCACAGCCAUGUAUUAUGUGAUCGCCGCCAUGAAAGGAAAGAACCAGGGUACACAAAAGAGGAAGGGGGAGAGAUAACCGUAAUAGUACACUACAGUACUUUGGAAGUAUUGUGAUGGAGAAUGGAGAGACAAAGAAAAAAUCAGCUCAAAUUGAAAUAAUUCCAUGCAAAAUCUGCGGAGACAAAUCUUCAGGGAUUCAUUAUGGGGUCAUCACAUGCGAGGGUUGUAAGGGUUUCUUCCGACGAAGCCAGCAGAGUAAUGCAACGUAUUCAUGUCCACGACAGAAGAACUGUUUGAUUGACAGAACAAGCAGGAAUCGUUGUCAGCAUUGUCGGCUGCAGAAAUGCCUCACUGUGGGCAUGUCGCGGGAUGCUGUGAAGUUUGGUCGUAUGUCCAAAAAGCAGAGGGACAGUUUGUAUGCAGAGGUACAGAAACAUCGCAUGCAGCAACAGAGAGACCACCAGCAGCCACCAGGAGAGGCGGAACCUUUGAAUCCUGCAGGUUAUGGGCUAACCCUAAAUGGUCUCACUGAACUUCAUGAUGACUUAGGUGGAUAUAUGGAAGAAGAAAGCAAAAAUGAUUCAGCUGUUUAUUUAGAUAUCCAGCCAUCCCCUGAUCAGUCAGGCCUGGAUGUUAAUGGCAUAAAACCAGAGCCCCUAUGUGACUAUACACCUGCAUCUUCUUUCUUUCCAUAUUGCUCCUUCACCAAUGGCGAGACAUCUCCAACAAUUUCUAUGGCAGAACUUGAACAUCUUGCUCAGAAUAUCUCUAAGUCCCACAUGGAGACUUGCCAGUAUUUACGGGAAGAGCUUCAGCAGCUUAUGUGGCAGACUUUCCUUCAGGAAGAGAUUGAUAACUACCAGAGCAAGCAGCGGGAAGUGAUGUGGCAGCUUUGUGCUGUGAAGAUCACAGAGGCAAUUCAGUAUGUGGUGGAGUUUGCCAAACGCAUUGAUGGAUUUAUGGAAUUGUGUCAAAAUGACCAAAUAGUGUUGCUGAAAGCAGGCUCUUUAGAAGUUGUAUUUAUCAGAAUGUGUCGUGCCUUUGAUUCACAGAAUAACACAGUCUAUUUUGAUGGCAAAUAUGCUGGCAUAGAGGUCUUCAAAGCCCUAGGAUGUGAAGACUUUAUAAGUUGUGUCUUUGAGUUUGGGAAGAGUUUGUGCUCUCUACAUUUAACAGAGGAUGAGAUUGCCCUUUUCUCUGCCUUUGUUCUGAUGUCUGGAGACCGAUCAUGGCUUCAGGAGAAAAUGAAGAUUGAGAAGCUCCAGCAAAAGAUUCAACUGACCCUACAGCAUGUUUUGCAGAAAAAUCACCGUGAGGAUGGUAUUCUGACAAAGUUAAUAUGCAAAGUCUCAACACUGCGUGCAUUAUGUGGACGGCAUGCAGAGAAACUCAUGGCAUUCAAAGCAAUAUACCCAGACAUCAUCAGGCAUCACUUUCCACCACUCUACAAGGAACUUUUUACCUCUGAAUAUGAACCAGCAAUGCAACUGGAUGGAUAGACAAACCAUUAGGCUAAUAUCUGGAUUACCCACCUGCAUAAAAAUACAUUUGCACACAUUACAUGUGCAUGUAAACAGAAAGGCGGAACCAAGACACUUUACACAAACCUGAGUCAGUGGGGAAGGUGAUGGCUGCCAUGAUCAGACUUUUGUCCUUGCCCUUCUAUCCCACCAAUCAGGUUUAUUGUUUACAAAAGGCUAAUGAAAGAGCUUAAGGACCAACUGCAGGGCAGGCUAUUAAGCUAGAACCACUCCUGCAUUUUAAUCAUGAGACUUCUUAGGUCUCUAGCAAUACAAGUAAAAUAUUUAUAUAUAAAUAAAUAUAUGUAUUACAGGGUAUGUGGGCAUGAACAUUUUUUUUUUUUUUUUUUUUUUUUUUUUUUAGGAUAUGGAGAUAUUGUUUAAAGUUUAGGGGCCAGAUUUAGUUUAUCUGGUCUGAAUCAAUAAGGCACUUUUCUGGAUUUGUUUUGCACCGUUUUCUUAUUUCCUGAUGCGCGCUCCCUUGUUUAGUGAAAUGUGUUUGGCUGUUUCUUUUCCCUCUUUGCUUGUUUUUUUUCUUUCAAAUGCACAUCUGAAAUUUGAGACUUAGUGAAAAAGCAAUAGAUACUGGAGGAAGAUGGCAUAGAGGUAAUUGCUGCUGUUUUUCUCUGACUGAGGACAGAAAAUACAGCUGGUCCAGUUAGUGUGUAGAAUAAAUGUUUGGGUGUUGCAAGGAGUUAUAUAAGUCUUGAGUGAGAUGAAAGUAAUUCCUUCAUAAUAAUGAAUGGAUCUUCUGAUAAGCUAGGCAUUUGGAUGUGUAAAGGAACAAAAAAGCUGAGGUCACCUUGUGUUUCACGUGGUAAAUGUCAAAUGUAUCCAUUAGGUGUCACUGUAUCACUUUGCCUUGGGAAGGCCACCUAUAAGCAGCCACUUGGAAUUAUUGCAGGUUACAAACCAAUCAAUUCGAGUUUUUGGGACAAUUCCUAGCGGGGAAAAAAAAAUAGAAAACCUCUAAAAGUGUGAAUUGAUUUAGAGCGUUCCAAUUGGUUCAGCGCAGCUCCCAUUGACUUCUAUAGGACCUCGAGAAGUUUUACCUGCCGAUGUUUUGUUAAGAGGUUUUCAAGUUUUUUUUACACUUAAUAAAUCUCCAAUUUUUAAAACUUUUUUUUAAAAAAAUUAGAAAACCACAACUUUUUAGAGAUUCAUGGAAAAAAAUCAAAAGUCGAUUGUUAGUAAAUGACCCCCUUAGGGUUUCUAUCUUUUCUACAAAAAAUACAGUUAAUAACAUUGGCAUAAAGCUUCAUUUUUGCUGGGCAGGUGGCAACCUUACCUACUAACUAAACUCUUAACUUUCUGCCUGUCAGUAAGUUUCUGACAGCAAAGGUUUAAACAUAUCAACAUUUAUCAAAGCAGAUAGCUGUGAAUUUACCCUGCAAUCUGCCUUGGCUCAUAAAAGAAAUAGGAAAUAUUAUGUGAGUUCUAACCAUAUUAACAGUCUGGUAAAAACAUACUAACCUUUAAUACAUUAUAUUUUAUAAUAUGGUAAUUAAUGAUAAUUAGAAGAUGUCUAAUCAGUGAUUGGCUUUUUUUCAGCCAAAAACAUUAGAUUGCAAAACAUUAGAUUGGUUGUCAUGGGUUUUUGCUUAGGUGCAGAUCUGCCCACUAUUAACAGAUGUUAAGGGGCCCUUUUUUUUGAAGAUCCUAGCUGGCAAGGAGACCAUAUCAUAAUAAAACAAAUUAGCUCCUAAUGACAGACCAGAAUAGAAAAAUAUGGACCUAAAAUUUUAGAUUUAACACACGUGAGCAUAUUUUGCCAUUUGUAUCUAUCCAUUCAGCAUUAGAGAAAGGCCUCACAAGCACCUGGCACACAAUAUAGUCAUUUUUAGAUGCAGAGUAAUACUAAUGUGUUAGACUUGUUUCCAGUGGAAACAGACAUUCAACUGUAGAAACAAACUUUUUUUUUUAAUUUCCUGUUUUAUCUUAUGAACAGACUAUGAAAUAAGAACAAGAUAAAAUGCAAUGACAGAAUUAUCCUUGUUGCCUUACUCCUAAAAUGGCUACAGUAAAGGUAUGAGCUGACACACCAUAGUCCACCAAAAGCUUUUUGAAUGUGUCUUGAAAGACUGCUUGUUUUCUGCAGCCUGGGCAUUGGCUGAUGCAUUUUGUGCCCUUUGCUGGACUCUUAUAUUCACUUGUUUCUUGACUGGAUUGGUUUUCUGCCUCCCCAAGUUGUGGUUUUUUGGCCUCUGCACCCAGACCCAAAGUCUUACAAGCGGAAUCCUGUACUUAAUGUUUAAGAGAGCAUUGAGUGUUUUUCUGCUUGGUAUUACCCCUGAAAUGCACUUUAUAUUUUCCAGUCUAAACUGAUCACUAAAGCUCUUAUACAGUAUGUGCAUUUCUGUUCCUAAUUUAAUAAGGAGAAAGCAGUAUCCCAGACACUCUCUGUUAUGAAAGACCAUUGCAAAUGAGGGACACAUGUAAAUGCAUUAAAAUAUCUCAAAUAAUCCAUGCCUGCAAAUUACCCAAAGCUAUAAAACAUGUCAUUUAUUUAAUCUCAGGAAUUGUAUGAUACUUGCUUAACUUGAACCUUUUUGUAGCACUUGGUAACUCAGUGAACAAGAAGUGAUGCCUUGAAACGGCUCCUUUGUGUUCUUCAUGUUAGAUAUCACUAUAGAGACUUUCAGUAUUAUACAUGGAGCAGCAAAUAGAAGCAACAGCUUGUGCUACAGUACUGCACUCCUCUAUAUAUCUUUUGCACUAACAGCAUUGUUAACAGUAUCAUUAUGGUUUAACUCCAUGGUGCUACGCUCUUUACCAGGGCAUGGAGAGUAUCUGAAAGAAAAUAUUGUUGGUAGAAGUCGUUUAUUAAGUGAUAGAUAUUUGUACACAAGUGAUGGCCAACAUGUAUUUGAAUAAGAACUAAAUUUGCCAAUAGAAAUGAUCACCAGGCCAACAACAGAUUGUAAUAAGGCCUUAUACAGUCCUGUCAGAAAAGGACAACACCGAUUUCCAGCCAUAUUAUCAGUCAGACAGGCAGCCUUUUGGCCCCAUACUAUAAAUGGUCUGGCUUCUAUGCCCAGGUUAAAGGUCACUGGUAUACGUCCCCAAAUAUCCUUGAUAGUAAAAUCAGCAUUCCCCUCAAGUCUCACACUAAAUGACCUCAGACUGGUCCCUUACUAGGAGAACAAGCCACCCAUUGUAGGAAACAGUGAUCUAGUUGUGUUCAGGGCUUUAAGUUGGAAAAACUUGUGCCAUCUUUAAAGGAGAACAAAUACCAUUUUACAAUCAGGGUUCCAAAACGUAGGCACCCCCAUGUGACUACUUUUACUUAAAUGACACCCCAGGCCGGUGGUCCUAUCAGCAGAAAACU